AUGAAAGGAAUCAUAAAUUGGUUAUUUUGCAGGGUGACAAUUGGCACCUGGAAUGUUGCUGGAAGACUACCAUGUAAGGAUCUUGAUAUUGAGGACUGGCUUUGCACAAAUGAGCCAGCAGAUAUUUACAUUAUUGGUUUCCAAGAGGUAGUCCCUUUGAAUGCUGGAAAUGUUCUGGGGGCAGAGGAUAAUACACCCAUCCGGAAAUGGGAAGCAAUCAUUCGAAGAACUCUAAACAAAUCUUCUGAACCUGAGAGCAAGCAAAAAAGCUACAGUGCCCCUCCUUCUCCUGUUGCAGACAGUAUACACGUUAAUCCACUGGACACAAUGAAUGAGGAGUACUUGGGAACUUUCAACAAUGUUGAGGUAGAACGAGAAGAAGUGAAAAGCAUAAUUGGUAUUGAAAGGAGUUUACAGUUGAGGAAAAUAAAUGACGUUGAUCUUCAGACCAUCCUUGACUGGCCUGAACGUCCUUUAGAUGCAAUCCCACAUACUGAUUCCAGUUUAAAAUUACGUAGAGUAUGCAGCUCAGACAGAAUUGGCUUUAACUGGACAGGUAAGGCAUCAAAAUAUGGGAGUGCAAUGAAACGGUCACACCAUAGUUCGGGAAAUUUGGGCUUGCUAUGGAAAGAGCAGCAAGUGAUGCCUGAGGAAGUAAUUGAUACCCUUGAUGAGUUAUCUGACGAGGAAGAUGACGCUUUUCUUGAAUUGCCAAAUGAUAACGAAGAUAAUGAAAUAGGUGACGUGAAAUCACAUCGAAAGUAUGUCCGGAUUGUCAGCAAGCAGAUGGUAGGAAUAUACGUGUCUAUUUGGGUGCAAAGGAGGUUGAGAAGGCACAUUAACAAUUUGAAAGUUUCUCCAGUUGGAGUUGGUCUUAUGGGCUACAUGGGAAACAAGGGGUCCGUUUCAGUUAGUAUGUCUCUCUUUCAGUCACGUUUGUGCUUUGUUUGUUCCCAUUUGACUUCUGGUCAGAAGGAUGGAGCAGAAACAAGAAGAAACUCAGAUGUUCAUGAAAUUCUUCGCCGUACUUGUUUCUCAUCUUCUGUCUUUGAUACAGAUCAGCCACAAACAAUCCCAUCACACGAUCAAAUUUUCUGGUUUGGGGAUUUGAAUUAUCGUAUCAAUAUGAUGGAUGGGGAGGUUCGAAAGCUGGUAGCUCUAAAGAAAUGGGAUGAACUCAUGAAUUACGAUCAGCUAAUUAAUGAAUUACGUAGCGGGCAUGUGUUUGAUGGAUGGAAAGAGGGAUUGAUAAACUUCCCACCCACUUACAAGUAUGAAUUUAAUUCUGAUAUUUAUAUCGGUGAGAACCCAAAGGAAGGGGAAAAGAAGAGAUCACCAGCCUGGUGUGAUCGUAUAUUGUGGCUAGGAAAAGGAAUAAAGCAACUCGAAUACAGUCGUGCAGAAAUUAAGCUCUCAGAUCAUCGUCCAGUUAGUUCAAUAUUCUCAGUUGAUGUUGAAGUAUUUGACCACCGCAAACUACAGCGAGCUCUGAAUUUUACAAAUGCAGCAGUACACCCGGAGAUUUUCCUCAAAGAUGAUGGAGAGUGGUCAUAUUAG